UCUCCUCUGCGCAUGCCCAUGUCGCUGCUGCUCGGAGUGCGGACCAAAGUAUCGAGCGACGGCUGCAUUUCGACGGCCUGUUGUCAACGACGCAUGUUUUUCGGAUUCGAAACGGACGCUACUGGGAUUAAAUUUCUCGCAGAAGAAACUCGCACACAAUCGGCCUCCUUCACAAGAUUUGCAAAGAUGAGGGCUGGUGAUUAGGGCUUCGCGGGGAAGAAGUGACCAGUAGACCGCUGAGGCCCAGGACCCUGACCGCCGUGGGAGCCCAGGACCGGAGCCUGUCGGAGGACCGGAUUCCGUUGGAGCCCAGGACCGGAGCCUGCGGGCGCCAUGGCCUACCACAGCUACAGCAGCCUCAACAGGGCUCAGCUCACCUUUGAAUACCUGCACACAAACUCGACGACCCACGAGUUCUUGUUCGGUGCGUUGGCUGAACUCGUUGACAACUCCAGAGAUGCAAACGCUACCCGGAUAGACAUCUACACAGAAAACAGACCAGAGCUACGGGGGGGCUACAUGCUGUGUUUUCUUGACGAUGGCACCGGAAUGGACCCCAACGAGGCCACCCACGUGAUUCAGUUUGGAAAGUCCAGUAAACGCUCGUCUGAGUCCAGCCAGAUCGGCCAGUAUGGAAAUGGACUCAAAUCCGGCUCCAUGCGGAUCGGGAAGGACUUCAUCUUGUUCACCAAGAAGGAGAACACGCUGUCCUGCCUCUUCCUGUCCAGGACCUUCCACGAGGAGGAGGGGCUAGACGAGGUCAUCGUCCCGCUGCCCACCUGGGACCUGACCACCAAGCAGCCCCUGACCUCCGACCCCGAGAAGUACGCCAUCGAGACGGAGCUCAUCUACAAGUACUCCCCCUUCAAGAACCAGCAGCAGCUCAUGGAGCAGUUCGCCAAGAUCGACAGCAGCAGUGGCACUCUGGUGAUCAUCUACAACCUGAAGCUGAUGGACACCCGAGAGCCGGAGCUGGACGUGGAGUCGGACCACCAGGACAUCCUGAUGGCAGCCACGCCUGUGGAGGGCGUGAAGCCGGAGAAGCGGUCGUUCCGAGCGUACGCGGCGGUCCUGUACAUCGACCCCCGCAUGAGGAUCUUCAUCCAGGGGCACAAGGUCCGGACCAAGAGGCUCUCCUGCUGCCUGUACAAACCCCGGUCCUACAAGUAUUCCUCGACACGCUUCAAGACGCGGGCGGAGCAGGAAGUGAAGAAGGCUGAGCAUCUCGCAAAGAUCGCGGAGGAGAAGGCCCGCGAGGCGGAGAGUAAGCGCUUGGCAUUGGAGGCAAAGACCGGCGACGACCUGUCAAAAGAAUCCCGGACGGUGCUGAGGAAGGCCCAGGACGCGGCCAUGAUGAUGAGGAGGGACGCAGACAUGAAGAGGAAGAUGCAGGAGAGCAAGCAGAAAGCGCUGAAGGAGCCAAAGGAGCUGAGCUUCAUCUUCGGGGUGAACAUCGAGCACCGCGACCUCGACGGCAUGUUCGUCUACAACUGCUCCCGGCUCAUCAAGAUGUACGAGAAGACCGGCCCACAGCUGGAGGGCGGCAUGGCCUGUGGGGGCGUGGUGGGGGUGGUAGAUGUUCCCUACCUGGUGUUGGAGCCCACGCACAACAAGCAGGACUUCGCCGACGCCAAGGAGUACCGCCACCUCCUGAAGUCCAUGGGGGAGCACCUCGCCCAGUACUGGAAGGACACCAACAUCGCUCAGAAGGGCAUCGUGAAGUUCUGGGAUGAGUUUGGUUACCUGUCGGCCAACUGGUCUUCCCCGCCCUCCCCUGAGCAGAGAUACAAGAGACGCCGGGCCAUGGAGAUACCGCUCACCAUCCAGUGUGAUAAGUGCUUGAAGUGGAGGACGCUGCCCUUCCAGAUGGACGCCGUGGACAAACGCUACCCCGAUAGCUGGAUGUGUCUGAUGAACCCCGACAGCAGCCAGGACAGGUGCGACGCUCCAGAGCAGAAACAGAACCUGCCCUGUGGAGUUCUGAAGAAGGACAAGCAGAGCGCAGAAGAAAAGCAGAAAGAAAUCACAGACAAGAUCAGAGCACAGCAGGAGAAACUAGAGGCACUGCAGAAAACCGGCACCAUCAAAUCGUCUGCGGACGUGAAGAGGCUGCCCCUGGACGUCAGCAUGAGGCCCAGCGCGCAGGGCUCCCCUCAGGCCACCCGGUCCUCGGAGCGGUCCACCACGCGGCCGCGCUCGCCGCCCCUCCCGUCCCACCUCAAGAACGCCCCCAGCGUGCCCCCGCCCCGGGCCGCCCCCCCCCGCGCCGCCCGGACCGCCGCCGCCGCCCCCCCGCCCGACCCGCCCAGGGGCCGGGCCGCCGGCCGGCCGGCCACGCCCGCCGCCAAAGCCCCCGCCAAAGCAGCCCCGCCCGCACGCAGCACACGGACGCCAGCCAAAGCCUCGCCCACCAAACCAGCAGCCAACCAACGUAAGAGAAUCAUCGUGCAGGAGGACAGUGAGGAGGAGGAGGAGGAGGAUGAGGAGGAGGAGGAGGAAGAGGAGGCAGAAAGCGAUGAGGAGAGCGAAGAGGAACGACCUCAGAACAAGAAGUCCAAGAUGGCCGCAGCGCUGGUCCAGAGAGGGAAGGCGGUGGCGAAGCUCCUGCCUCCCAAACGAAGCAAGGCAGCCGAGGUCCCCACCACCGCCCCGCCUGAGAAGAAGGGAGCGACCACUCCCAUUGGCCGCCAAGCCCCCUCCGACGCCCCCGCCCCCAAAACCGACCCGACAAAGGUCGCGGAGAAGGCAGCGGAGCGGGACUCUGACGGGGAGAGUAAAAACCCUCUGAAAGACAAGGGCAUGCAGGUGGAGGUGCGGGUGAACAUGGAGUGGUUCACGGGGAAGGUUGUGGCCGUGGAGGUGAACAAGAAGAGCGUCCGCUGGAAGGUCAAGUUCGACUACGUCCCGAGAUCCACGCCCAAAGACCGCUGGGUGUUUAAGGGGGGGGAGGACGUGCGGUUAAUGAGGCCGGCGUCGCCCGUCUCCCAGACGCCCGACACCCAGCAGGAGGCGGAGAAGGGCCCCGCCCGCAUGGAGCCCGACACCACCCAGCCGGGGACCAGCCGCGAGGUCACCGGCAGCAUGGUCUCCAUGAUGAGGACGAUGUUGCGUUACUUCUUCCCUCCUGAUUUCCGGAUCCCUAAGGACGAUGUGAACGGUAUGACGGCGGAGGAACUGGUGGCGUUCCCUCUGAAGGAGUAUUUCCAGCAGUACGAGCUGGGCCUGCAGUCGCUGUGUAACUCGUACCAGAGCCGGGCGGACGCCAAAGCCAAGGCCGUGGAGGAGAAGAGCAGCAACGCAGAGACCAAACUCAAGGAGGCGGACGAGAAGCUGCAGAAGCUGAGGGCCAACAUCGUCUCUCUGCUGCAGAAAGUGCAAGAGGACAUCGACAUCAACACAGACGAUGAGCUGGACGCCUACAUAGAGGACCUGCUCAACAGGGGGGACUGAGGCCGCCGCCCCCUAAAGACUCUAGCUUUGGUUCUCCUGAGGGGCCCUCACCCCCCAGAGAGGGGCCCUCACCCCCCCAGAGAGGGGCGCUCACCCCCCCAGAGAGGGGCCCUCAGCCCACCAGAGAGGGCCCCUCACCCCCCCAGAGAGGGGCCCUCACCCCCCCAGAGAGGGGCCCUCAGCCCCCCAGAGAGGGGCCCUCAGCCCCCCAGAGAGGGCCCCUCACCCCCCCAGAGAGGGCCCCUCAGCCCCCCAGAGAGGGCCCCUCACCCCCCCAGAGAGGGGCCCUCACCCCCCCAGAGACCCCUCUGCCGGUUCUUGAUGGUUUCAGCCUCCAUGGUUCUUUUUAUUUGACUUUCCGUUGUGGGCGGGGUCUGUGCGGUCCUGUGGGGACGUCUCCACGGUAACAGGGGUUUGUGUUCUCCUACUUUUAUAUCCACAUAUGUUUGUUAACGUUUGAAUCGUUGGCUCCUGCUCGUUGGUUCUGAGAGUUGUCUUGUGUUCAGAGGCUUGGGUUUCAACAUUAAUCACAAUAUCUGUUUGAUCUUCAACAAAUUAAGGAUCAUCUGACUUGCCAAUAUAUAUAUAUAUAUCUAUAAAUAUAUAAAGAGGAUCCAGUCUGUAAUGAAACACUAAGUUUCCCUCCUUUAAAGUCGUGGUCCUGUGGCCACCUGGAGCACCAGACCUGUACUGGGUUUUAUCAGUGUGUCUCUGUCUCCAGGUCGCUCUCUGGGGAACUCUUCUGUUUGCUCACCCUUUCAGUGCCCAAGUUCUUCUCUCAGUCUGAUUUUUAAAGUCAUGAAAAAUGUUUUAUUAGGCGCUGCAUGUGUUUUCAGUCUUUGUGAAAACUCUUUACAUGAAAUAAUAAACCUGGUUCAUCGCCCA